AUGGACUCCCCGGUCAAUGCCACCGAGUGCAGCGGGACAAACGCCUCCGUGAACAGCAGCGACGGCUUCAACCAGUUCGUCCAGCCGGCCUGGCAGAUCGCACUGUGGGCCGUCGCCUACUGCGGCAUCGUCGCGGUGUCGGUGGUCGGUAACAUGGUGGUUAUCUGGAUUAUCCUGGCUCACAAACGCAUGAGGACCGUCACCAAUUACUUUCUGGUGAACCUGGCCUUUGCCGAGGCCGCCAUGUCGGCGUUCAACACGGUGAUCAACUUUACCUACGCUGUUAACAACGAGUGGUACUUCGGUUUGGUUUACUGCCGCCUGCACAACUUCUUCCCCGUUGCGGCCAUAUUUGCCAGCAUUUACUCCAUGAUGGCCAUCGCGCUGGACAGAUACAUGGCUAUCAUCCACCCCCUGCAGCAGAGGUUGACUUCUACGGAGACUCGUAUGGUGAUUGCUGUGAUCUGGACGCUGGCUCUGCUUCUGGCCUUCCCUCAGUACUUCUACUCGUCUACUACUCUGCUGCCUGGACGCACAGUCUGCUACAUAGACUGGCCUGAAUACACCACUGUGGACUUCAGGAAGAUAUACCAAGUGUGUUUGAUACUGCUGAUCUACUUCUUGCCUCUUUGCGUCAUGGGAUGCGCGUACACGACCGUGGGCGUCACCCUCUGGGCGAGUGAGAUUCCCGGAGACUCGUCUGAACACUACAAAGAACAGCUCAUCGCCAAACGCAAGGUGGUGAAGAUGAUGAUCGUGGUGGUGUGCACGUUCGCUGUCUGCUGGCUGCCCUACCACAUCUACUUCUUACUGCACCAGUUCUUCCCCGAGCUGUUCGAACACCACUACGUCCAGCAGGUCUACCUGGCCAUCAUGUGGCUGGCCAUGAGCUCCACCAUGUACAACCCCAUCAUCUACUACUGCCUCAACAGCAGGUUCAGAGCGGGUUUCCAGCGGGUGUUUUUUUGCUGUGCCCCCACUGUCGCCAAGGAGGAGCUAGAGCUCAAAUCACCGCGUUACCUGCAAACACAGAUGAGCUUAUACCGAGCCAGUCGGAUGGAGACCGUCGUUUCCACCGCCGUACCCUCCUGCAAUAUCGGAGCACAGGGGGGCGAAGCUGCCGGCCCGCGCCCCUCCGACCCGGCGCCAACUGAAGGUCGCAAGCCGCGGCCCGGGCUCCGAGACAUUUACCAAGAGCCCUUAUGUCAAGAGUGA